AUGCUGAAAACUCGAGGAGCCUCAAAAGUUCUUCUCUCUGGGAAGCCUCCUGCAGGACAAAGAUGUGAGAAGAAAAUCCACGUACUUACCAACUUGUUCGCCAUCAGUCCGUUGAAAGAACUUCCUUUUUUUCGGUAUAACUUCAGAGUUGAAGAGGAGUAUCCUUCGAAAGUUGGUAGUGACGCUGUUUCGAAGGAAGUGUCUAAGCAAUCUCGCAACGAUUUUCUCUCGAUACAUCGGAAGAACAAAUGUGUUACGGCUUACUUAAUACUCAUCGAACAGGAAAAUGAGUUUUUUGGUGACAUUAGCAAUUAUGUCUACGAUCGUGCUUCAAUUCUUUAUGCGUUGGAUAAACUCAGUAUAGAGGCAGGAGAGGAGAAGAGAUUUGUUAUCGAGCAAAAUCUACCUAAGGAUGUGUUUCCAGAGGAACACAGUAAAGUCAUCAUAACUAUUAAACAAUGCGACGAGGACUUCCAGUUAACGUCAAAAGAUUUCAAAUCCGGUUUCAAUUUGGAUCCUGAUCAAAUCAAUCGAAGCUUGCAACAAUUUUAUGAAUUAUUGUUGUCACAGGAAGCUUUUUUCACCGAAGGUCGAUUUGUCUCAUAUGGUUCCGGUUUGAGCUAUUUAUACGAGCCAAGGGAUUUCGGUUUUAAUAGGGAUGACAUGCCAGAUUUGCCAGAAGGUAAAUAUGUGGGUAUUGGAGCAUCAAAAGCUGUAAGAAUUGUUGAAGGAUUGCAGAAAAAACCCACAGUAUCAGUCACUAUAGACGUGAAGAAAGCGGCUUUCCAUGUCGAGUUACAGUCAGUUGCUGAUAAAGCAAUCGCUGUUUGCGGGGUUUCGGAUGGAGGAAAAAUUGGCGGCAGUUAUUUGAAAUUGCUUUCAAAAAUGUUGAAGGGUCUUUACGUUCGCUGCGGCUACGGAAGACAGAGGAUAUUUUGUAUAGCUGGUAUUUCAGACCAGUCUGCAGAAAAGCAAAGGGUUGACAGAAAUGGUAAAAUGAUAGGUCUAAUCCAGUACUUCAGAGAAAAAUAUAACGUGAAAUUAAGAUUUUCACAAUUUCCAUUAAUUUUGGAGAAGACUCCAAAAGGAGCUAACUACUAUCCCAUGGAACUUCUUUAUAUCUGUGAAAACCAGCGCGUCACACUCACGCAGCAGUCUUCCAACCAAGUACAGCAGAUGAUCAAGGCUUGUGCGAUAUAUCCAAGUUUGAGACGUCGACAGACUUUAAACAUGCUUAAUGCACUAAAGCUUGGAAAGGGUGGCAGUGACAACCGCUGGUGCAAAGAAUUUCAAGUAAAAGUAGCCGAAGAAGGUUGCGAGGUAGAAGCUCGCGUUCUUCAGAAACCGACUGCAGUUUACGGAAACAAUAUCAAAGUACAGAUGAAGGAAUCUGGUGUAUGGACGAUAGCACAGAACACACAUUAUCUUGUGCCGGCGGUUUGCGAGAAGUGGAUGGUAGUAGCGCUAGUUAGUGCCAACGACAGAUUCAGUAGGACUGACUUAGAGGAAUACGUCAGGAUAUUUGUGAGUCGUUGUCGCAGUCGUGGGAUUCAAUUGGCGAAUCCGAUAGAAUUUAAUUUUUUUGCUAAUGCUAGUGAAGCCGACGCGAAUGCAGCAUUUGACAGGGCUCAAAAAAACAAAAUAAAAUUUCUCCAUUUUGUCACUUCUGGAAAUUUGAAAUUUCAUGAAAAAAUUAAAUAUUUGGAAAGCCAGUACCAAAUAGUCACUCAGGAUCUUCUAUCAAAAAACGCAGCAUUAGCUCGUAAAAGGUCACAAAUGCUUGAUAAUAUUAUUCAUAAAACUAAUUUGAAGCUGGGAGGUCUGAAUUUCGAUCUUCGUCUUGAGUCACGGAAGGCACAAGACUGGAUUAGUCGCCUUGAUCGUCUGGUAAUUGGAAUAGAUAUCGCCUUCACAAGCUCAUCAAGGAACAGUGAAGAUCGAUAUCCUUCCGUAUUGGGGUAUGCUGCUAACUGUCGUUCUCAUCCUCUUGAUUUUAUUGGAGGUUAUCGGUUUGGAUGGACUGUGAGGGAAGAGCUUUGUGCCGGCGAAACGGUCUUACGUGACCUUGUCAUUGAAUCGCUGCAGCUUACUAAAAAGAACAGAAAGCUUCCAUCGCACGUAAUCAUUUUAAGAGACGGCAUCUCGGAAGGUCUAUAUAAAUAUGUCGUGGAGAAGGAAGUGCAGCAGGUUAAAGAUGCGUGCGCUUGUACAGGGGGCCCAACAUAUCAGCCAAAGAUAACAUUUAUAGUGGCAACCAAGAGACAUCAGCUUCGUAUAUAUAGGAAACAAAUACGUGCAGACGAUCGGAUUUUCGACCAGAAUAUUCCUCCAGGAACAGUUGUUGACCGAACUAUUGUGAAUCCUGUAUACAACGAAUUCUAUCUGAAUGCACAUGCCACUUUCCAGGGUACGGCAAAGACGCCAAGGUACAAUGUUUUAUACGAUACCUCUGGCAUUUCAUCAGACGAAGUGCAAGGGAUGGUUUAUGCGUUGGCUUUUAAUCUGCAGAUUGUGAACCAACCUUGUUCUCUUCCAGCCCCUUUGAUUAUUGCAGACCGGAUGGCGGCAAGAGGAAGAAAUAACUUUGUUGUUUCUUGCGGACAUGAUGUGGAAGAACUGGACCUUCAGCAAAUUAAUGCUGAAUUGGGCUACAUGGAUAAGGAAUUAUCCACAUGCAGAUUUAAUGCGUAA